ACCCACCCUUUGUUGCUCGGCUAUCCCCUGGGGUCGCCCAAUAGCAGAAUUCCUCAAUAAACCUUAAUCAAUCCAAUUCCUCCUCCGGUAUCCUAAUUGCACGGAAAUUGCAUCAUCAAUGGCGACGCCGGAGCUUGCUCAAACCGACCCAGAGGGGAUUGAAGGAGUUCGGAUGACGUGGCUCAACUGGCCGCGAUCCAAGGUGGAGGCUUCAAAGUGCGUGAUCCCGAUUGCGGCCUCAAUUCAGCCGAUCCGCCCGCACGUGGAUUUGCAGAUCCUUCCGUACCCUCCCCUCCGAUGCAAGACGUGUUCCGCAGUGUUAAACCCCUUUUGCAGGGUUGAUUUCACGGCCCUCAUAUGGAUCUGCCCCUUUUGCUUCAUGAGAAACCAUUUUCCGCAGCAUUAUUCUUCACUUUCGCAGACGAAUCUGCCUGCCGAGUUGUACCCUAAUUUUCCCUCCAUCGAGUACUCAAUCCCGAAUUACCAGAACGCGCAGAAUUACAACCCUGCCUUUGUUCCAUCUCCGAUUUAUCUGUUUGUUCUGGAUACAUGCAUGAUCGAGGAGGAGUUGGAGUUUGCCAAAUCGGCUCUUAAACGGGCUGUUGGGAUGCUUCCUGAUAAUGCCAUGGUUGGUUUUAUAUCCUAUGGUACACAAGUUCAGGUGCAUGAACUGGGGUUCUCGGAGAUGUCUAAGGUGUAUGUGUUCAGGGGAUCGAAGGACAUGUCUAAAGAUCAAGUUUUGGAGCAGUUGGGACUUGUCUCUGGUGGUAUACGGGGUAUUCAGAAAGGUGGUGGCGGACCUAGCCCAAUGGCUGGAGCUGGUGCCAGUGCAGGGAUUAAUCGGUUCUUGUUACCUGCAUCUGAAUGUGAAUAUGCGCUCGAUUCGUUGUUGGAUGAAUUGGCAACUGAUCAAUGGCCAGUGGCACCAGGUAACAGGGCAUUGAGGUGUACAGGAGUUGCUCUGAGUGUUGCAGUAGGGUUACUAGGUGCAUCUAUGGCCGGAACUGGUGCACGGAUUAUUGCGUUGGUGGGGGGCCCAUGUACCGAAGGUCCUGGCGCGAUUGUAUCAAAAGAUUUGUCUGAUCCUGUGCGUUCACAUAAGGAUCUUGACAAGGAUGCAGCACCUUUCUUUAAAAAAGCAGUCCAAUUCUAUGACGAGCUUGGUAAACAGUUAGUUACCCAGGGUCAUGUGCUGGAUGUUUUUGCUUCUGCGCUCGAUCAGGUUGGAAUUGCUGAAAUGAAGGUUGCCAUCGAAAAAACCGGUGGACUCGUCGUGCUAUCAGAAAGUUUUGGCCAUUCUGUUUUCAAGGAUUCCUUCAAGCGUAUAUUUGAAGAUGGGGAACAGUCGCUGGGGCUUUCAUUUAAUGGCACACUGGAGAUCAACUGCUCAAAGGAUAUAAAAAUCCAAGGAAUCAUUGGGCCAUGCACAUCAUUAGAGAAGAAAGGGCCUGCUGUUGCCAACACUGUUAUAGGGCAAGGGAACACUACAGCGUGGAAGAUGUGUGGCCUUGACAGGAGUACUUGUUUAACUGUUUUCUUUGAUGUUUCUUCCAGUGAAAAGUCUGAUGCUGCUGGACCAAAUCCUCAUCUAUACAUACAGUUUCUAACUAGUUAUCAGACUUCUGAUGGUCAAAUGCGGGUUAGAGUCACAACUGUUACUAGACGAUGGGUGGAUAGUGCUUUGGGAAAUGAGGAUUUAAUUCAAGGAUUUGACCAGGAGGUUGCUGCUGUAGUAAUGGCUCGGCUAGCUUCUUAUAAAAUGGAAAUGGAGGAAAGUUUUGAUGCUACAAGAUGGUUGGAUAGGAAUCUGAUUCGCCUGUGCUCCAAGUUUGGGGACUAUCGGAAAGAUGAUCCAGCAUCAUUUACAUUGAAUCCCUGCUUUUCGUUGUUCCCUCAGUUCAUGUUUAAUCUGCGAAGAUCACAAUUUGUACAGGUAUUUAACAAUAGCCCAGAUGAGACUGCCUAUUUUCGCAUUUUGUUGAACCGGGAGUCUAUAAACAAUGCUGCAGUCAUGAUCCAGCCGUCCUUAAUAUCAUAUGCGUUUAAUUCACUGCCUGCACCAGCUUUGCUUGACGUCCAAUCCAUCGCUGCUGAUCGUAUUCUCUUGCUAGAUUCGUAUUUUAGUGUAGUUAUCUUUCAUGGAAUGACAAUAGCACAGUGGAGGAAUAUGGGAUACCAGAAUCAGCCAGAACAUCAGGCUUUUGCUCAUCUGUUACGAGCUCCACAAGAUGAUGCUCAAUUAAUAAUUCGUGAUCGUUUUCCUGUACCAAGACUUGUGGUUUGUGAUCAGCAUGGCUCUCAGGCAAGAUUUUUAUUGGCGAAAUUGAACCCUUCAGCCACUUACAGCAAUGCACAUGAGAUGAUGAAUACUGGGUCUGAUGUGAUCUUCACUGAUGACGUGAGUCUACAAGUUUUCAUUGAUCAUCUUCAGCGGCUGGCAGUUCAAGCUUCUUGAGAGGGUGAGGUUAAUUGAUGGAUUCUUGAUGGAAGUUGUGGAGUGAGUUUCUAUGCCGUUUUUGUACACACUAUACUAUACGGAAAUAUGCCAUUGCUGUCGUGAACAGCGAUGAUGUGGCUUGGAUCCUUCACUAUUUGAACAAUAAGGAAUAGAAGGAUUGUUUCUGGAUGAAAAUUUGUUUGAGGGUCUCAAGUAUUUGUAACUUAAUUGUGGUUUAAGGAAAAGGUAUAAUUGUAUGUUAAAAUAGACAUUUUUGGACUUGAAAGCUGGUCGGGAUUUUGAACAUUUGUAGCUCUUUCCGUCGUUUUUACUGUGUGAAUUCCAUUACUUUAGAUGUCAAGCGACAUUGCGAGGCUAGACAAUUUUUGGACGCAGGGUCUUGGUAUAUUUUUAUUUUUUCGGAUGAAAAAUGAGUUUAUGACUAUGCACAACUAUCAUUUUAUUUAAAGAAAAAAGGUGUACUUAUCACGGUUAUAAUUAU